CCGUUUGACACGACAGGAAAUGUAUUCAUAGAAAUAAUGAGAGGGGGCAGAAAAUACGUCAGAAGGAAAGAAAUUAAUUGUUCACAUGUGUGUGUGUCGUUUUCUUUAAACGUUUUGUUGAAUGUGGCGGCAUGAUAUAUAUCUCAGUAUUCGUAUAAGUAGCUGAAAACCCAUUAAUGAUAUACCUCCCACUUAUAGAAGAAACCGGCGCAGCAUGGGAUGCCCAUUCCUCAUCACCAAAACAACCAAGCAGUCGACAGCGAAAAGCAAAUUGGCCAAAGAGGUUUUUCAUUUUCGUUGCGUGUGUAGCUGUUGUAACACUGAUUUUGGGAAGCUACACCAAUGUAUUGCCGUGGAACAUACCUGGGCAUGCUACGAAUGUGUUGGACAAUAUCGCUUAUUCUCUGGGUAUCCAGAAACAUGUGUAUGCUGUGAUUAUUGAUGCUGGAAGUACUGGAUCACGUGUAUUGGCGUUCGCUUUCCACGAGUCUGUGAUAGAUAAGAAUCUAAAACUGGACGAUGAGCUGUUCGUUCAGGUGAAACCUGGCCUCUCGUCAUUUGCUGAUAAUCCUGUGAAGGGUGCUGAAAGUCUGCAGGAACUUUUGGACCGUGCGAAAGCAUUUGUUCCCCGUGAAGAAUGGGGACACACACCACUCGCCAUGAAGGCAACUGCAGGACUCCGCUUGCUGCCUGGGGACAAGGCGAAUGCCUUGCUGGAUGAGGUUCGUAAGCUCUUUGAUGCCUCUCCAUUCCUCACAAAUGAAAAUUCAGUGGCCAUAAUGGAUGGGGUUGAUGAGGGCCUCUUUUCCUGGUUCACUGUUAACUUCCUUAUGGACCGGCUGGGUGGAAGUGGGGGUGAUGGUACUGUGGCAGCAUUGGACCUCGGUGGAGGCUCAACACAGAUCACAUUUGCCCCCACAGACCACACAACACUGAAGGAGGCAAGGUCAGAGCUACUUCACAAAGUCUCCGCUUUCAGGCAAAGUCUGUCUGUAUAUACUAACAGCUAUUUGGGCUUGGGGCUGAUGGCUGCUCGGAAGGGGGUCCUGUUGCAGGGCAACAAGUCUGAUGUAAAGGAAAUCCACAGUGACUGUGUAAACCCCAUCAUCAAUGGCAAAGAGUGGACCUUCAGUGGAAGUACAUAUCUUGUGAGUGGUCCUCCACCAGACAGGGCAGUCUACCAAGAAAUCAAAGGUGGUGCCAACAAGGUUGGUGAAAAGAAGCCAAUAGUAGAUUGGAAGCGCUGUUCCCAGUUAGUCCGGGCUUACGUGGCUGGGAAAGUGGAGAAGCCCCAACCAGUUGAGCUCAAUCGAAAGGAUCGUACGAUCAAUGCAUUCUCUUACUAUUUUGACCGGGCAACAGAGUUUGGUCUCAUUGAUCCAUUCAGUGGUGGAGUUGUCACAGUUAAGCAGUUUGAGGAUGCUGCCAAGAAAAGUUGUGAAACGCCAAAUGCUGAGCAGCCCUUCAUGUGUCUUGAUCUGACGUUCAUCACUGUGCUGCUGCAGGAUGGCUUUGGUUUGAAGCCAGAGAAGUCAUUAAAUUUGUACAAGAAAAUUGAUGGUCAUGAGAUCAGCUGGGCUCUUGGUGCUGCAUUCCAUAUCCUUCAAAAUGGAUUGUGAUAGUUGGCCAACACCAUUAACAUAUUGUUGUUUGAUUCUUCUCUCCAUUUUAUUUUCCUGUUGUUUUAACUGUUCCAAAGUAUUAGCCCAAUGAUGUGCCUUACCUGUGUGUGUGUGUGUGUGUGUGUGUGUGUGUGUGUGUGUGUGUGUGUGUGUGUGUGAGCGUGUGCGCAGAUUUGUUUCUGUGGAUAACUGUACAAUAUUAAGUUUUAGUAGUCUUGUUUAUAUACUGUUACAUGUGACCAGUGAAAUCAGUAUUUUGAUAAAAGUUUUUACAGAUUUGAAAUAUUUCCAUCUGAUAUUAGGUACAUGUAUUGUUGUUAAAGAGGGUGGGUAAGACAAAUUCAAGAGUUGUUUCAUCAAUCAUUUGAAGACAUGGUUCUCAUUACGUAAACAAUGUGUCAUCCAGCAUCCUUCAUUACCUGUAGUUCCUGAAUUUUUAGAUCGCGAUUUCUGUAGAAGGAAACUUUUGUAAUAGUGGUCAAGAUAUAUUGUGAUAGAAAAUGCAUAUCUGUCUGUUAAUUAAACUUCAUUAUAGACAAAGACAGGUGCAUAUAUUUUGAAAAUGCACUGAGAUUUACUGCAUGCAUCAAAUGCUAUCAAGUGUAAAGCAGUGGUAGGAUAAUUUAUUGAUUUUAAAUUUUCGAUAAAGUUUAUAUGCCAAUGUAGAAUAUUCUAGGGUUAUUUCCUUUAAAUUUUGCAAAUCAAUUUCAUCUCAUAUUCUGGAUUUUUAUAUCAGAUAAAUAAUUUCAUCUUAAGUAAUGGGCAGGUUUUUAUAUUUUGUGGCAUUUGAACAGCUUUAUGGGUGAUAGUGAUAAUGCCCUCUAUGCUAUGAGGACUUGUUGGCCUGCAUUUCAAGUGGCUGUGACAGAGCAACAUACCAGAAUGAUGUUAUUGUUGAAGACUUUAGUUUGGGGACCAGACUUAAGAAAGUGUUGUGGCUAUUGUCAGUAACAUGUUCAUGAAGAGUGUUUAUGAUUAUCUUCAGUAUUCAACCAAGAAAUACUAUUGAAAUGUUCAAAACAUGUGAUUAAUUAGUCUAAAGUAGUUUCGAUGGCAAAAUCUACUAAGGCCAUUCAUUAUUAAAAGUAUUAAAGAAUCUGCAGAGGACAAGCUUUGAAAGGAAAUGAUAGUUUUCUCUCAUCCAAAAUAAGGGAGUGUGUGUUUGUGUGCUUUCACUAAUUUGAUCAUAUUUUUGUUAUCUACCCAAGUUAUAUUUUGUUCCACAGAUAAUGCAGAAUCAUGAUCAUUUUCAUAAAAAAAAAACCUUACUUUGCAUUUAUUGUUUACAUUGUGUCCUGAAAUUUGUCAUCUCUGAAACAUUUUAUCAUAGUGUGUUAUUUUAAGAACAACAGUUGUGAUAUGUUAGACCUUUAAUUAUAAAAAGGUAUAUUUUUAAAUGUGUAGAUGAAACAGUGUUGUUACUGUAUUUUAUAAAAUUUCAUUCUUUUUGUUGCUUUUGUGGCAGAGAUCACACAUUUAUUUAUUCUUGUUUUAUUGUUAUGCCUGAAAGAGAAAUGGUUGUGAAGAAAUAUGGGAUUUGUAAAUGGUUAUCUUGCAGACUGUGCGCCUGUUUUGAAUCACCUUAACCAGCACUCUUUAUUUUUGGUUGUUCUAUUCAAAAUUAAGAAAAUAGUCUUCCAUAAUAACUCAAUAAAAUUGGACAGUUUCAUUCUGA